AUGCUGGGGUGGCUCCGCUCGCUCUUCGAAGGGCCGCCUUCGAGUCGAGCCGGCUACCUGCUGGUGCCAUCCGCGGCCGGGCGUGAGAGAGAGACCGGCGUCGGCUGCGGCCGCCCUCGCUCGACCAGGCAGGCUCAGGCCGUUGCCGUGGCCGCUGUGAGCGCCGCCAUGGCCAGCGAGGGGUGCAGCAGGGCCUUCUCGGCCAUCAGUGGCGGCGUAUCGGCGCUGCACCGGGGCUCUGCAAUCAUACUGCUCCUGUUCCUCGUCUUUCUCGGCAUCGCUGCCGCCAUCGCCGACGGGGUGGUCACCGCCGAACGCGCGGCGAGGGUGUGGUCCGUGGUGCUUCCGGGCGUGCCGCUCGUCGCGCUGCCGAUCUCGGGCCUGCUGCUCCGGGACGACGAGAUCUUCGCGCUGGUCGGCGGGCAGAGCGCGGAGGCGCUUAGCUUCGAGCGGCUGUCGGGCUGGGUGGCGCCGACGCCCUUCAUAUGUGUG